AUCAUGAAGCAGUGCCAAUCAAGAUAGAUUGGGCAGCAGCAGCUACAUUGUAUCGUUUGACAGAACUAAAUAGUUACCUUGUACAUCAAGAGGAACGAAUUUUCUAAAUUUAUACUGACGUCGACAGACAGCCUAUUAACAUAAUCUUUAUUCCUCAAUCAACAUUUUAAAUACAUAGUCAUAUAUUUUUUAAUCUCCGGUUUUACCAGACAGAUGUGGAUACAGUUCUACAGGGAGUAACACACCUGCAGUAAAGAGGGGAAGAGGAUCCUAAUUCAGAGGACCAGUGGAUGACCUGCCUAUUGUACAGACCAUGAUCUGAAGGCCCCGCCACGUGGCCCCAUUCUUUCUUCUUCAUUAUUUCCUGCAGGGGUAAGAGCUCCUAGACUAGCCGCCUCAGACAGGUGGAGCGGAGGGAGAUAGAGUGUGUACAAGAAAGAGUGCGAUAGCCAGGCGCCUACCAACCACCUCCACAGGACAGCCGUGCCCUCUGACCCCGCCACGCCCCCUGCCCCUCCCACCGCCAGACCGGAACCAUGGGAAGGAAAAAGAUCCAAAUACAGAGGAUUACAGACGAACGGAACAGACAGGUGACGUUCACCAAGAGGAAGUUUGGCCUGAUGAAGAAGGCGUAUGAGCUGAGCGUGCUGUGCGACUGUGAGAUCGCCCUCAUCAUCUUCAACCACUCCAACAAGCUGUUUCAGUACGCCAGCACCGACAUGGACAAGGUCCUGCUCAAAUACACAGAGUACAACGAGCCCCACGAGAGCCGUACCAACGUCGACAUCAUGGAGGCUCUGAACAAGAAAGAGCACCGGGACUCAGAGAGCCCAGACCCUGAGGAGCCCUUCUCCCUCACCCCCCACACUGAGGAGAAAUACAAAAAAAUUGACGAGGAGUUUGAUAAAAUGAUGCAGAGCUAUAGGCUGUCAUCAGCCGUCCCACAGCCCACUUUCUCCAUGCCCGUCACGGUGCCAGUGUCCAAUCAGAAUGCUCUCCAGUUCAGUAACUCUGGCGGCCUGGUAACCACCUCCUUCGUCACCUCCACCCUCACAGACCCCCGCCUGCUUUCGCCACAGCAACCAUCUCUCCAGAGGAACACUGGGUCUCCAGGGUUACCACAGCGACCGGCCAGCGCAGGUGCUCUAUUAGGAGGUGAACUGAACAACUCCAACGGAGGAUGCCCGAGCCCUGUUCCGAACGGCUACAUCAGUGCCAGGGCCUCCCCCGGCCUCCUCUCCGUCUCCAACGGCAACAGCCUGGGGAAAGUAGACCUGGCCAAGUCUCCACCUCCGCCCAGCACUCAGAUGGUGAACAGCCGCAAGCCUGAUCUCCGGGUCAUCACCUCCCAGAGCGGCAAGAGCCUGAUGCAGCUGACCGAUGAGGAGCUGGAGUUGGUGAGUGAGAAUGCUCAGAGGUUAGGCGGUUCACAAGGGAACCUGUCCACACCAGUGAUUUCCGUGGCGACGCCCAGUCUCCUAGCCCCCUUCUCCUCCAUGCAGACGGCCUACAACACCGAGUACCAGCUGACAAGUGCAGAUCUCACAGCACUCCAGACAUUCACACCAUCAGGGUUGCUGCCUAGCAACAUGUCCACCUGGCAACAGCAACCAGUAGUAUCCCAGCAGCAGCAACAACAACAACAGCAGCAGCAACAACAACAGCAGCAACAACAACAACAGAUCAGCUUGGCGUCACUCAGUAAUUUGGUCAUGUGGGGCGCAGAGAAACAGAACGGGGAGAUGGCUAACUGCAUCUCCAAUUUCGCUGCUAACCUGAGCAUGGCCUCUCAAUCAAACUUGCUAUUUGGCAGGGAAGAGGGUCUCUGCUGGCCGGUGGGCCACUUACCUCAGGGCACCAUGCUGACGAUUAACACCAACCCCAACAUCAGCAUCAAGUCAGAGCCCGUGUCGCCCAACCGCGACCGCAGCACCCCAUGCUCAACAGCUGGGGGUGGCGGAGGAGGGGGCCUAGUGACCAUCACAGGGGCCCCUUUGUCAGGCCAGUACCCAGGGGCCCUGCGCCUGGAGCCGUCCACCCUGCAGGGCCGCUCACCCGUCGGCAGCCUGAGCAGCAACGGCAGCUCCUACGAGGGUGACCGGGACAAUGGGGCCCAGGGGCAGGCCCAGGACUUCCACCACCAGGGAGGGGCCUCCUCGGCCAUGGGGCUCCUGAGGCCCUCGUCCACUCAGGAGCAGCAGGAGCAGGAGGGGGCCAACGUGAAAAGAAUGAGACUGGACACCUGGGUCACAUAGAUGUGUAGAACAAGAGAGUGAAGGGGAGAGAUGCCCCAUCCCACACCCUUUUACCGUAUGUACAGUAAAUGCUGACCUCACACCCAUGCCUCCACAACACACAAACACACACACAUGCACCGGACACGCCCAUUUGCGCAUGCUCUUAUACUCUUGCACACACUCUUUCUCUCACAAAUGUAUGCGUUGACACAGAAGCUGCAUACUGUUUUACACUAUAUUGUACUACACACACACACUUAUACAAACACCCUCUAUAGGGGCAGAUUUACCGAACCAGGGAUUACAUGUCAACAUAGUGUGUUGGACAAGAUUAGGAUUGGAAUGAAUGAGUUCUCUUUUGAUCAAGCAGGCUCGGCCUCCUUUUCGUUUUGAAGGGACAGAGAGCAGCUACAAAACUGACUGACUAUUGACUGACUAAUGACAUUGCUGGGUUUUCUCUUCACCCUCUACAUCACAUAAUACACACCUGGUAUCCUCCUGUCUUUUAUCCACAGUAGGUCUCUAGUCCAGCUGCACUGCUCUGUUGAGAAACAGUAGAACAACCAAAAUGAAUCCACUUCUUUGUAUCUGCCCAGUGGCACUGUUAUAUCCAGCUGUUGGUGUUUUUGUAAAGAGUAUGAGAUUGGUGAAUGAGAUUUUAACUUUUUUUUAAAUAUAUUGCGUCCUCUCUCUGUCUGACUGUUGUCCAUCAACCAUCUUUAAAUUUCUAUUAACAUUUCUGUUUUAGAUUUGAGAACCCAAAAUUCACUGAGUCAAUCUGAUCAGCUAUCCAUUUUAUAAAACAGGAUUUACUCUUCUAAAGUGGACGAUCCUUGUUUUGUUUAGUUUUAGCCAGGUAUUUAAUCUGAAACAUCGAUACCUUAUCUAGGUCAAAUACUGUUUUAUCAGGGAAGGGCUGCACUAGCUCUAUGACACAUGCUACAGAUACCUACCGAUCAACUUCAGAUGCUGCGUGUGUUUCCUGUUCUGUGAUAUUUAUUUCAAAUGCUCUUUUUGUGUUUUUUUUACUACCUUCUUGACUUUUCGAUUUUCACCACGCUCAAAUCCAUCCACACUCACACAAAAAUAUUUUUGUUAAACAAUGCCUGUGUUUCAGAAGGCUCUGAAUAGGAGAUGUAAACUGGGAGAAAAAGUGAAGAACUGUGUAUAUAAACAAUUUGUUCUGUUUCCUUCUGUAUGGCUUUUGUAUAGCAGGGACAUCAUUUUUUGAGGGUAAACAUAUAGAGCAUAUAAAUAUAUAUUUAAACAGCAGCGAUAGCAGAUUUUGAGAGUAAGUGAUGAACUGCAUACGAUGCAGAGAAAACGAUAGAUGACAGGGAUUGUAUAUAGAAAUAUAUGUUCACAUAUGUUCAGCAGGAUAUCCCUAAAAGCUAAUGUGUUGAUUCUCAGUGGAUCGGGUCUUUCUAUUUAUGUGUGUACAUAAGUGUACUAGGUUGCAAAGCCAGGUGAGGGUGCUAGAGGGACAGAAAAGGAAGUAGCAGUGGAUUGGACUGUUUGAGUAAGCAGUGGUUAGUACUCUGAUGGAGCGCACUUUAACCCCUUCCUCCCCCCAAGCCCCCAAAAUGCCCCCUCUCUUUAAAAGCCAGGUGUCCUCCAGAAAGGGACAGUCAUGUCUGCAUGUCCUCAGGCAAAGGCACAUCAAACUCAUUCAACACACACACAAACACAUUUUCACACAUUAGCCAGACAAGUAUCCCCUGUGCUUUCUGUUAGAGGAGAGUUCCCUGGCCACAUGAAUUAAUUACAGCAUUUCACUCAUUGAACCGUGGUGUAAACUCGACCGCUCCCUACCAGUGACUUAAGACAAGUCCAUCUCACGCUCAUUUGACCCCUGCCACUAUCAAUUUUCUGCCAAAACGCCUCAUUGCUCCACACACACAAACACCAUACUCGCAUAUACUCUGCACUCCGUCCAGAACAGGGUCAAAUGACCUCCCAUUGGCUCUUUAUCGUUUUAUAUCGUUGUAGUUGUUGCCAUAGGGAUUGUGCAGCCUGACUCGUCAGGAGUCUAGACGAUCGUCUAGAGGUGGAUGGCAGAGAGAGAGAGUGAUCACGCCUGCCGGUAUAUUCACACACCCUUAGACUGUAAGACUGUUGUGUCCUGAGCUUUGAACAAAACGUUGACCCUGAUGUUUUUUAAGUUUUUUUAUAAUAAUGGUAGCCAUGUCUUGAAUAGGGCCACAUGCCAUGAAGCGAUGUUUCAUACCUAGACUAAAUGGUGACAGGCGGAAGCAGAUGAUGGGGUUGGUUAGUACUAUGGACGCUGGCCAAUCGAGGUGUUGUAUAAAGCCCUGACAUUAUCCCAGAACAACACUAAGGGUCACUGUAAUCACAAAUGAAAACACAAUCGUCAUGACAAUAGUUAACCUGCGCCCCCAUAUUCCCCAUAUAUAAUGAAUGAUGUUUAGAGAAUCUCACUUUCCAGUGUUAAUUUGUGCUGGUGACAGUUCUAUUGUCUGUUUUUAUUAAUUGUUCUAUGAUAAUUGCUAUUAUUACUGUUAAUAUUAUCAUUAUUGUGACCAUCGAUGGUAAUUGUAAUGAUGAUAUAGAAAAGGCCAUUUUAUUUUUUGCGGUUUUGUGUAGGUUAGGAAUCUUGUUUUAUUUGAAUUUUAUUUUAUUAUAUAUUAAAAUAUUUUUGUUUUGUUUUCAUUUGUUGUUUAGUUUUUUCUUCAAAGGGUGUACUAAAAUUGCACGAUUUAUGACGUAAAACAAAACGGCUGUAGUAAUAUUAGUACAUGUGAGAUCAUGGAAGGUGGUAAACAAGUUUAAUAUAAUAACCAGUUCAAUGCUGCAAUUUUUUUGUCAAAUGUACAAAACUUAGUCUACAGAUAGUAAAGUGAGGACAAGACACAUUUAAUUUAUUUCUGACCAGACACAAAGAUGUCAAUGCAUGGGCAUAACACAAACAGAAUGAAUCCUAUUAUAGGAAAUGCAUAUGAAAUGUAAUAUUAAUAAGAAUAUACAUCACACAGAAAUAAAAUAGAAAUUGAAGAAAAAAGUACAAUUAUAGCUAAUAUAUUGUGUUCGGCUAGUCUGCUUUUUGUUGUAAACAAAAUGAACUUUUUUGUUGUUUUUGGAGAAUGAUAUACAAUUUGUGUAUAUUUUCAUAAAUAAAGUAUGCACUGAUGUUAUUACAAAUUCUAUACUGCUUUUACAAAAAGUGUUUGUUAUUGUACCAAAGUAUCCAUUUGUCCCUUCUUACCCUCCCCUUUUUGCGUAUGUUUUAUGGUAUUUUAUAUAUUAAAUAGACAAGUUGACCUACAAA